AUGGCAAUGGAGAAGCGCGUACUGAAGUUUGAAUUUGACGUUGGUACGAAAAGUCGUUCGGCAGCCGGUGGCAGUGAUGAUGUAGGCAAAGCGAUGGAACUUGUUCAACGUGAACGUGAUCGUGAUGUGAAAGAAAAAGAAGAAUUACGUUAUUUAAAUGAUCGUUUUUCACAUUUUCUUGCUAAUAUUGAAGAACUAAGACGAAUUAAUGAACAAUUACAAGCACAAUUGAGAGAUGAAUUCGCUAAAUGGGGUAUUUUACCACGUGAUGAAAACGAACUACGACAAAUAAUAAAUCAAAUCAAUAAUCGAGCCGGUAAACGUGCUACUGAUGAAGUACGUUCACGUACUGCUGAACAAGAAUCUGCCAUACUCAAUCGUGCAGCUGCUUUAUAUGGAGGCUUUCAAGAAAUGCAUAAAAGAAAACAAGAAAAUUUACGCAGUCUAAUUGAUAAAUUACAAGAAGAAUUAAAUCGUAUUAUGCAACGUGAACGUGCAAGUAGCGAAGAAGUUACAGCAAAUCGCGAUGAUUUAUUGAAAGAAGUAAAUAAAUUUCGUGAACGUUUACAAGAUUGGUUUCGUCUUGUGGUUGAUAAACAAACAUUAUUGGAUGAUAUACAAUCAUUACGUGAACGUAUUAAUUUAAUAAACGCAUUAAAUGAUGAAGAAAUUAAUGAAUGGAAACGUCUUUUAGAACAGUCCAAAGAUGAUUCAAUGUCAUUUUAUAAAGAAGAAUUAGCUAAUGCUAUAAGAGAUAUUAAACGAGAUUAUUCUAAACAAGCUAAAAAGUUCCAAGAUGAACUUGAAUAUCAAAUUGAAGGGCAAUUACGUAUGGUUGAAAAUCAACUUAAACAACAAGUACCUGAUUUAAAUGAUGGUUCAACGCAAGAUGCAGAGAACAAUCGUUUACAAUUGGAAGAAACAAAAUUACGUACAAUCAUGGAAGAAUAUGAUAAGGAACAACUUCGUCUAAAUGAAUUAACCAAGAUGUUAUCAGAUAAACGUCGUUCAUUACGCGAUGAAGAAGCAAAAUUACAUGAAGUCGAAAGAAAGAUCCGUGAUAAACAGAUGCAUGAGAGAACUAUUGUUGAAAAACUUAAACAUGAAUACGAUGAUUUACGUGGACGUUUUGAACAAAUGGCGCGUGAAUUAAGAUUUAGUAUUGAGGAUGAACUUAAAAUUUAUUCUCGAUUACUUGAUGAGCUUACGAAACAAUCAACAACAAAUACAACAGCAACAACAAUAACAGCCAAGCAAGGUUCAGCAUUGUCAGCAACAGCUUAUACAGCAAUAUCAUCAACUAUUAAAUCAAGUGGUAUUGAAGAUCGCGAUACUUCUACACUUGCUCAACAUAAAGGUUCUACUAGUUCAGCGUGGUUUGAUACAGGAGCAGCUAAUCAUGAGACAGGAGUAACAAAUUUAGAUGGAGGCGGUACAAGUUGGGCUCGGCCGGGUGAUAAUGACUCCUACGAUGCAAAUUUAACAACUCGAUCUUCAUCGUAUUCAAAUAUUAAUUAA